AUGCAGACCGCGAGCGUUCCUUCGUGGUCCAUUCUGGGUUUCUUCAGUUCGGCAUCCGGAGUCCGGAGGCCGGCCACGUCGGAGCCACAGGCAGCGGACGAGGCUGCUGUACAGCAAGCAGAGCCUGGACCUCAAGUUGAGGAAAUGCACUGGCUUGAUGAAAACGCGGAGUCGGAGGCCCCCGACGACGAGGAGCCGGCCACUGAACAGCAAGAAGAGCCCGGAUCGCAAGAGGAGCAAGACGAGGCCGUGGAGUGGGAAGCGCCCAGCGAUGAAGUCCAUGCCAGCGAGGGACUUCAGCCCGUCGAGGAGGUGUUCCAAAACCAGCCUUGGGAGGAGGAGCACGCUGUUCUUGUAUAUUCGCAUCCACAGAUGGGGGGCAUGCUGCAAAAGCUGCGAACCUGCAUGGAUGCGGAAGACUAUGCCUGCAUCAUGCACCAGAAGGCCAUGGUUGACCUCCCUCACGUCAGUGCCAUGCAGGCCAGGGAGCAGAUCGCGGAGCUUGACACAGAGAUCUUGGUCCAGGAGCCGUCGGCCGACAUGCAACCUCAUGGGCUGAUCGAGUUGGAGCGUUUCCGAAAGGAACUAGAAAAGCAGGUUGCUGAAAACCGGGAUUUCUUCGGUCCGUCUGGUGCAGAACUUCAUGAAGGUUUGCGCCAGAUCCUGGAAGCCCACGAGCAAGGCUGCUAUGGCAGGGAGGACGUCUUCAUUCAAGGCGCCCUCAGCGAGAACGUUCGCGAGGUUUUUCAUCAUAUUCUUAGCGACAAUAGCUGCCGCAAUGUGCUCUUUAACGGCUACCGAGACAAGAUCAACGAGCUCACCCAGAAUAUCCGUGAUGAUUCCCAGACCCUCUCCGAGAAUGCGCUUUUGCCGGAACGUGCUGCCAUCGAGGAAAGCCGGGCACAGUCCGUGUACGAGCUCUACAACCAACACCGUCAACAGGAGGAGGCCGUGCUGAAGAAGAGCGAGGUGCCAGCAAUCCUGGAAAGGCAUCUCUCAAGCUUCAAGCAGAAGGAGGCACAGGAGCGGGAGCAGCUUGUGGCAUUGCAGCAGCAGCACGAGCGUCUCGCAGCUGACUGCAUGACGCUGCGAGGCAAACAGCGCCAAAAGCUGCACACCACCGAGGAUCACUGCCGGGUCAAGGAGGCGGAUGCCGAGGCACGAGGCCGAAAGCUUGAGGCCGAGUUGCUGGCCGAGCUCGACAUCUUCCAAGAGGUCUUCACAAGGAUUCAGGACAAGCUCCGACGCAUUCGUGACGAGAAGGUCAGGGCCCGGCACCACAUGCUCCUUCGGAUUGAGGUCCGCCAACUGCUGGAGGUAGCCAUGCGCAAGCAGAAGGAUCAGGCAGCCGUGCAUGAGCAGAAGGCUGAAAGGUAUUGCAAGGGGCAGGCCGUCCUGUCGCAUUUUGCGGCUUGGAUCGAGAAAUCUUACGGCUUCCUGGAGACCACGUUCUGCGACAAACGGGCUCAGCUCGCCCAGGAGCUCCCCGAGCACAGGCGCAACAUCAAUGCUAUGUGCUUCCUCGCGGAGAAGGACUUGGAGCGCCGGAAACAGGAGCUGGUGGAGGCCAUGAGGGUGCAGGAAAACAAGAUGAAGAAAAAAUUCACCGAUGCCGCGGCCAUCGAACGCAUCCCUGGGCAGCGCGAAGAGGCCUUGGCCAAGAAGAAAAAGGGCGAAGCGUUGAAGGAGCAGCUAGACAACAUGCAGGUGGCCUAUACUCAGUUGGACCAGCAACUCCUACAGCUGAAGACCCGACCGAAGCUCCAGGAGCAGCUGGCCAUCAACGGUCCGGGCACUCGCGCAAGUGGUGCCAACAGCACCGCGGAAAGAGAGGCCGCCAGCAGAUGGGCAAGCAGCUUUUUCUACAACAGCGCUGCGCCAGCCCCAUGGGAGACGCCCCCUGCUCUCGAGAACCAUCGAAGCAAACGCCGCGUGAUGCAGAUCCUGGAUUCCUUUCUGGGCCGCAACGCUGCAUCGCCGGCAGAGGAGGGCCGUCGCGUGCGCCAGCGUCUUGCGCUGCAAGCGUGA